AUGGCCCGCCAGACUGCGCCGCUGCAGCUAGAACGCGAGACCACCAAAAUCAGCUCAGGUCCGCCCAAGACCUCGUCUACCUCCAUAACAACGCAGCCGGUUCCCACUCUCGCACAUCUAGACACACCGCACCCAGGCAUGUGCAUCCUCCGAUCCGCCCAUGAUGCCUGCAGGACCGAGAUCACUUUCGCCAUCCAGCCAGCGCAGCCCAAAGAAGACGACUCUGGAAUAGGAGUGUAUUGCGGUAAAUUCUACGACAUCCGAGGCGAUCCACAACCAGCAGUGGUCAAAGUCUUUCUCGCAGUUGAUAAGACAAAGGUCGCAAACGCUCGAGCUGAAAACGAAGCCAAAGCACUUCAUCAGCUUACCAGUCGAGGCUGCGACUCGGCUCCGAACUUGCUCGCUUACUAUACUAUCAAGCGAGAGGGAUUGCCGCUCGAGCAUUAUGUGGUGAUGUCGAAAGUGCCAGGCUUCGACGUGGGCUAUACCGCGUGGAAAGAUCGAGAGCAGCUUGGGAAGAUCCGCAUGACUUUCAGGUCUGCUAUUCGGGAUGUCCACCGUUGUGGCGUUGAUAACGGCAGUCAUCGUGCUCGCAACUUGAUAUAUGACGAGGUCAACGACAAGUGCUACAUCGUCGACUACGAGCGUGCCUCGUUCAGCACCAAUCAGAAGAACCCAAUGACGUUCAAGGGGGAUCAGGUCUGGACAGAGGACCCGGAUGAGUGGGAGCUCGUCUGGCAGACCAAGGGUUGA